AUGGAGGUGGAUGUAUAUGAACACAAUGCCACUGUUUUUCAGGAAGUGAACUCUAGUGAGACGCAUGUGGGAGAAGAUGACAGCAUGGAGGUGGAUGUAUAUGAACACAAUACCACUGUUUUUCAGGAAGUGAACUCUAUUGAGACGCAUGUGGGAGAAGAUGACAGCAUGGAGGUGGAUGUAUAUGAACACAAUGCCACUGUUUUUCAGGGAGUGAACUCUAGUAAGACACAUGUGGGAGAAGAUGACAGCAUGGAGGUGGAUGUAUAUGAACACAAUGCCACUGUUUUUCAGGGAUUGAACUCUAGUGAGACACAUGUGGGAGAAGAUGACAGCAUGGAGGUGGAUGUAUAUGAACACAAUGCCACUGUUUUUCAGGAAGUGAACUCUAUUGAGACGCAUGUGGGAGAAGAUGACAGCAUGGAGGUGGAUGUAUAUGAACACAAUGCCACUGUUUUUCAGGGAGUGAACUCUAGUGAGACACAUGGAGAAGAUGACAGCAUGGAGGUGGAUGUAUAUGAACACAAUGCCACUGUUUUUCAGGAAGUGAACUCUAUUGAGACGCAUGUGGGAGAAGAUGACAGCAUGGAGGUGGAUGUAUAUGAACACAAUGCCACUGUUUUUCAGGGAGUGAACUCUAGUGAGACACAUGUGGGAGAAGAUGACAGCAUGGAGGUGGAUGUAUAUGAACAUAAUGCCACUGUUUUUCAGGGAUUGAACUCUAGUGAGACACAUGUGGGAGAAGAUGACAGCAUGGAGGUGGAUGUAUAUGAACACAAUACCACUGUUUUUCAGGGAGUGAACUCUAGUGAGACACAUGGAGAAGACAGCACUGAGGUGGAUGUAUAUGAACAUAAUGCCACUGUUUUUCAGGGAGUGAACUCUAGUGAGACACAUGUGGGAGAAGAUGACAGCAUGGAGGUGGAUGUAUAUGAACACAAUGCCACUGUUUUUCAGGGAGUGAACUCUAGUGAGACGCAUGUGGGAGAAGAUGACAGCAUGGAGGUGGAUGUAUAUGAACACAAUACCACUGUUUUUCAGGGAGUGAACUCUAGUGAGACACAUGUGGGAGAAGAUGACAGCAUGGAGGUGGAUGUAUAUGAACACAAUGCCACUGUUUUUCAGGAAGUGAACUCUAGUGAGACGCAUGUGGGAGAAGAUGACAGCAUGGAGGUGGAUGUAUAUGAACACAAUGCCACUGUUUUUCAGGGAGUGAACUCUAGUGAGACACAUGAAGAAGAUGACAGCAUGGAGGUUGAUGUAUAUGAACAGAGUGUUUCUGUUUUUCAGGGAGUGAACUCUAAUGAGACGCAUGUGGGAGAAGAUGACAGCAUGGAAGUGGAUGUAUAUGAACAGAGUGUUUCUGUUUUUCAAGGAGUGAACUCUAGUGAGACACAUGAAGAAGAUGACAGCAUGGAGGUUGAUGUAUAUGAACACAAUGUUUCUGUUUUUCAGGGAGUGAACUCUAAUGAGACGCAUGUGGGAGAAGAUGACAGCAUGGAAGUGGAUGUAUAUGAACACAAUGCCACUGUUUUUCAGGGAGUGAACUCUAGUGAGACACAUGAAGAAGAUGACAGCAUGGAGGUGGAUGUAUAUGAACUCAAUGUUCCUGUUUUUCAGGGAGUGAACUCUAAUGAGACGCAUGUGGGAGAAGAAGACAGCAUGGAGGUGGAUGUAUAUGAACACAAUGUUUCUGUUUUUCAGGGAGUGAACUCUAAUGAGACACAUGUAAGAGAAGAUGACAGCAUGGAGGUGGAUGUAUAUGAACACAAUGCCACUGUUUUUCAGGGAGUGAACUCUAGUGAGACACAUGAAGAAGAUGACAGCAUGGAGGUGGAUGUAUAUGAACACAAUGCCACUGUUUUUCAGGGAUUAAACUCUAGUGAGACACAUGGAGAAGAUGACAGCAUGGAGGUGGAUGUAUAUGAACACAAUGUUUCUGUUUUUCAGGGAGUGAACUCGAGUGAGACGCAUGUGGGAGAAGAUGACAGCAUGGAAGUGGAUGUAUAUGAACAAAAUGCCACUGUUUUUCAGGGAGUGAACUCUAGUGAGACACAUGAAGAAGAUAACAGCAUGGAGGUGGAUGUAUAUGAACACAAUGUUUCUGUUUUUCAGGGAGUGAACUCUAAUGAGACGCAUGUGGGAGAAGAUGACAGUAUGGAAGUGGGUGUAUAUGAACAGAGUGCUUCUGUUUUUCAGGGAGUGAAUUCUAGUGAGACACAUGGAGAAGAUGACAGCAUGGAGGGAGUGAACUCUAAUGAGACGCAUGUGGGAGAAGAUGACAGCAUGGAAGUGGAUGUAUAUGAACAGAGUGCUUCUGUUUUUCAGGGAGUGAACUCUAGUGAGACACAUGGAGAAGAUGACAGCAUGGAGGUGGAUGUAUAUGAACACAAUGGCACUGUUUUUCAGGGAGUGAACUCUAGUAAGACACAUGUAGGAGAAGAUGAGAGCAUGGAGGGAGUGAACUCUAAUGAGACACAUGGAGAAGAUGACAGCAUGGAGGUGGAUGUAUAUGAACACAAUGCCACUGUUUUUCAGGAAGUGAACUCUAGUGAGACGCAUGUGGGAGAAGAUGACAGCAUGGAGGUGGAUGUAUAUCAACACAAUACCACUGUUUUUCAGGAAGUGAACUCUAUUGAGACACAUGUGGGAGAAGAUGACAGCAUGGAGGUGGAUGUAUAUGAACACAAUGCCACUGUUUUUCAGGAAGUGAACUCUAUUGAGACGCAUGUGGGAGAAGAUGACAGCAUGGAGGUGGAUGUAUAUGAACACAAUGCCACUGUUUUUCAGGGAGUGAACUCUAGUGAGACACAUGUGGGAGAAGAUGACAGCAUGGAGGUGGAUGUAUAUGAACACAAUGCCACUGUUUUUCAGGGAUUGAACUCUAGUGACACACAUGUGGGAGAAGAUGACAGCAUGGAGGUGGAUGUAUAUGAACACAAUACCACUGUUUUUCAGGGAGUGAACUCUAGUGAGACACAUGGAGAAGACAGCACUGAGGUGGAUGUAUAUGAACAUAAUGCCACUGUUUUUCAGGGAGUGAACUCUAGUGAGACACAUGUGGGAGAAGAUGACAGCAUGGAGGUGAAUGUAUAUGAACACAAUGCCACUGUUUUUCAGGGAGUGAACUCUAGUGAGACGCAUGUGGGAGAAGAUGACAGCAUGGAGGUGGAUGUAUAUGAACACAAUACCACUGUUUUUCAGGGAGUGAACUCUAGUGAGACACAUGUGGGAGAAGAUGACAGCAUGGAGGUGGAUGUAUAUGAACACAAUACCACUGUUUUUCAGGGAGUGAACUCUAGUGAGACGCAUGUGGGAGAAGAUGACAGCAUGGAGGUGGAUGUAUAUGAACACAAUACCACUGUUUUUCAGGGAGUGAACUCUAGUGAGACACAUGUGGGAGAAGAUGACAGCAUGGAGGUGGAUGUAUAUGAACACAAUACCACUGUUUUUCAGGGAGUGAACUCUAGUGAGACGCAUGUGGGAGAAGAUGACAGCAUGGAGGUGGAUGUAUAUGAACACAAUACCACUGUUUUUCAGGGAGUGAACUCUUGUGAGACACAUGUGGGAGAAGAUGACAGCAUGGAGGUGGAUGUAUAUGAACACAAUACCACUGUUUUUCAGGAAGUGAACUCUAAUGAGACACAUGUGGGAGAAGAUGACAGCAUGGAGGUGGAUGUAUAUGAACACAAUGCCACUGUUUUUCAGGGAGUGAACUCUAGUGAGACACAUGAAGAAGAUGACAGCAUGGAGGUGGAUGUAUAUGAACACAAUGCCACUGUUUUUCAGGGAGUGAACUCUAGUGAGACACAUGUGGGAGAAGAUGACAGCAUGGAGGUGGAUGUAUAUGAACACAAUGCCACUGUUUUUCAGGGAGUGAACUCUAGUGAGACACAUGAAGAAGAUGACAGCAUGGAGGGAGUGAACUCUAAUGAGACACAUGUGGGAGAAGAUGACAGCAUGGAGGUGGAUGUAUAUGAACACAAUGACACUGUUUUUCAGGGAGUGAACUCUAGUGAGAUACAUGUAGGAGAAGAUGACAGCAUGGAGGUGGGUGUAUAUGAACAGAGUGCUUCUGUUUUUCAGGGAGUGAAUUCUAGUGAGACACAUGGAGAAGAUGACAGCAUGGAGGUGGAUAUAUAUGAACACAAUGCCACUGUUUUUCAGGGAGUGAACUCUAGUAAGACACAUGUAGGAGAAGAUGACAGCAUGGAGGUGGAUGUAUAUGAACAGAGUGUUUCUGUUUUUCAGGGAGUGAACUCUAAUGAGACGCAUGUGGGAGAAGAUGACAGCAUGGAAGUGGAUGUAUAUGAACAGAGUGCUUCUGUUUUUCAGGGAGUGAACUCUAGUGAGACACAUGGAGAAGAUGACAGCAUGGAGGUGGAUGUAUAUGAACACAAUGCCACUGUUUUUCAGGGAGUGAACUCUAGUAAGACACAUGUAGGAGAAGAUGACAGCAUGGAGGUGGAUGUAUAUGAACAGAGUGCUUCUGUUUUUCAGGGAGUGAACUCUAGUGAGACGCAUGUGGGAGAAGAUGACAUCAUGUAG